AUGUCCAGGAAAAAACAGCUUACUCUGUUUCAGUGCAGUGCAAGUACUGACAAAGAUCAGAGCUCUGCUGUCACUGUGGAACCCAGUGAAACUGAGUCCCAGACAGAUCUAGCAACCCAUACUCAAUCUAGUCCCAGAGAGACUGAGCCUGACCCCAUGGCAGUAGUAACAGAGUCUGAGCCAAAUGAGCCAAUAGAUAUGGAGCCUGAGUUUGGUAGCAACAACAAUGAGGGUUGUUCAAGUAGACAUGUGGCUAAUAGUCCCCCUCGUGACAUAGCAAAAGGUUUAGAAGACAAGCCACAUGCAUGGUUAGAAUACUCACUAUCUAAAAAUGCUGCCUAUUGCUACCCAUGCCGUUUCUUUUCUGCUGGUAUUCACAAGUCUGAUGAGUGCUUCAUUAGUAUUGGAUAUAGAAAUUGGAAGAAUGCCACAGGACGAACUGGUCGAUUGGUAAAGAACUCACUGUCACAAAGGCAUCUUAAUGCUGCUGCUGCUUGGGCUGAUUUUGAGAAUAAUCAGCAGUCUCAACGCUCCAUCAGAUCAACACUAAGUCAGGCACGGAAGGAUCAAAUCCAGAAUAACAGGCAUUAUUUGAUGACUAUAGUUCAAAUUUUACUAUAUUGUGCCUUUCAAAAAAUAACACUGAGAGGACACAGGGAAGGAGAAGAUUCACAAAAUAGAGGUAACUUCUUGGAAUUGAUUGAUUUAGUCAGUAGACAUGAUUCAGUAGUAAAAAAUAAAAUUCAUGAUGCACCAAAAAAUGCAAUUUAUACAUCACAUGGUAUCCAGAAUGAGUUACUUGCACUACUGGCUAAAAAAAAGCUACACAAAAUCUGCCAAGCUGUAAAGGAAGCCGGUUUCUACAGUAUAAUAGUAGAUGAAUCCCGAGAUUCAUCCAAGCAGGAACAGAUGUCUCUAGCAGUUCGUUAUGUUGAUAUUGAAGAAGGAUGUGUCCAUGAGCAUUUCAUAGCAUUCAUGCAAGCAGAGCAUCAAGAUGCUGAAAGCUUAUCUUCUUACAUAAAACAGGCUCUCAUUACUUAUGAUUUUGAUAUGAAUAAGAUGGUUAGCCAAGGAUAUGAUGGGGCUAGCGUAAUGAAUGACCACUGUUCAGGAGUACAGACAAGAGUCCGUGAGUUUGCUCCUUUAGCAGUUUACAUUCACUGCUACACCCAUGUGUUAAACCUUGUACUGGUUGAUUCUUGUAACCCAAAUCAGCAACCAUUGGAGUUACAAAAACUCUCAGAGACUCGUUGGGUUUGCAGAUACACUGCUGUUAACGCAGUCAGUCGUACAUACAAUGCACUUCUUCUUACCUUAGGUGUAGUAGCUGAUGCAUCUGUCAGUGAAUACACCCAGGCUAUUGAAGCUAGAGGUCUAUAUGAUCAAAUCAAAUCAUUUUCCUUUAUCAUUAGCCUGAUUACAUUUGAUCGAAUACUAUCAUGUACUACGCCGCUUUCUGAUCAGCUACAAAGCAAUAACAUAGAUCUUUCUCGUGCUGCUAACCUUGUAUCUGGUACACAGGCUUUGCUGUCAGAAUAUCGAACAGAUACCUAUUGGGAGAAAGUGUAUCAUUAUGCAACAGAAGUUGCCAAAUUGCAUGAUGUAAACACUGAAGUGCAAACUAUUUUAGUGCGCAAUGAUACAAUCAUUUCAUAA